AGAGAGAGAGAGAGAGAGAGAGAGAGGGGGAAAGGCAGGGAAAGAGAGGGUUGAGUGCAGUGCAGUAGUUGAGAGUGUGAUACGAUUUCAAAGAAAGCAAAAGAAAAGAGAUAAUUUAUUGAUCCACUUUUUUGAAAUCUGUUGAAGCUUUUAUUUGUCCGUUUUGAGUUUAUAUUUGGAUGCUCAGACUCUCUCUUCCUCGAGAAACAGUGUGCUAGAAAGAGAAGCAAAGACCUCUCUUUUUUAGCUUCUUUCAAGUGAAUAGUUAAUAUCACCCCCCACUAAAGACUCCUACUCUUGUCCUCUGUACUCAACUCAUGGAUCUAGCUUUAACUCUCCAUAAAAGAGUCUAAACAGGAACACAUUUUCUUUACAAGAAAAAUGGCAGCUGAGAAGCCCAGCUCCAAGGGGCAAGCCUGGUUUUGCACAACUGGGUUGCCGAGUGACGUUGUAAUAGAGGUGGAAGAUAUGACCUUUCAUCUUCACAAGUUUCCUUUGAUGUCAAAAAGUCGAAAGCUUCACCAACUAAUAACCGAGCAAGAGACAAACCCAACAUCCAUAGUAGAAAGAGAAGGAGAAGAGCAAGAACCUGGAGGAGAUGAAAUCGAGGAAGCUCAUUGUCAGAUUUCGCUCCCGGAUUUCCCGGGCGGCUCCGAGACUUUCGAGGCGGCCGUGAAGUUCUGCUACGGUGUCAAGGUGGACCUCACUUCUUCCACCGUCGCUCCUCUUCGCUGCGCCGGAGAGUUUCUCGAAAUGACGGAAGAGUAUUCAGAAGACAAUCUAAUUUCCAGAACAGAACGGUUUCUCUCUCAAUCUGUGCUGAAGAGUCUCAAGGAGUCGAUAAAAGCAUUAAAAUCGUGCGAGAAAGUAAUGCCUCUUGCAGAGAGCUUAGGCAUUGCUCAGCGUUGCAUCGAUUCCAUUGCUUCUAGAGCCUCCUCCACCGAUCCGACACUUUUUGGCUGGCCGGUUAGCGAUGGAGCUAAUGAGAAUAGAGCCACAUCCAAUCAGGCCUUAUGGAAUGGGAUUGAAUCAGCGGUGCGUAGAAAAGGGGCCGCCUCUGCCUCCACCGCAGCUGCCCCUGUCGGUAGAGGUACUAAUGCGGAUUCAUGGUUUGAACAUUUAGCGCUUUUGAGCUUGCGUUUGUUUCAGAGAUUAAUUCUUGCCAUGAGAGAGCGAGAUUUGAGUCCAGACGUUAUAGAGAGCUGCUUAAUGUACUAUGCCAAGAAGCACAUUCCAGGAAUUUCGAGAUUAAACCGGAAGCCAUCAUCGUCUUCCUCUACAACCUCAGAGAGCGAGCAGAGAGAGUUAUUAGAGAAAAUAGUUUCAAAUCUUCCACUGGAGAAAAGCUCUCGAUCUUCAACGACAACAAGGUUUCUGUUCGGCUUAUUAAGAACAGCAAACAUAUUAAAUGCAUCCGAAUCGUGUCGCUCCGCAUUGGAGAAGAAGAUCGGGUCACAACUGGAGCAAGCUACACUUGAUGAUCUACUGAUUCCUAGCUAUUCAUAUCUUAACGAGACUUUAUAUGAUGUUGAUUGCUUGGAGAGAAUCUUAAGCUACUUCUUGGAUGGAAUGGAAGAGAGAAAUACAGCUGUAAUUGAAGCGGAGGAGGACGGUGAUCGCAACGUGAGAUCGCCUACUUUCAUGCUCGUCGGAAAAUUAAUCGACGGUUAUCUGGCUGAGAUUGCCUCUGAUGCUAAUCUAAAACCUGACAGAUUCUACAAUCUGGCAAUCUCCUUACCGGAGCAAGCUAGGCUUUUUGACGAUGGUCUCUACAGAGCCGUCGACGUCUACCUGAAGGCGCAUCCAUGGAUAUCAGAGGCAGAGCGGGAGAAAAUUUGUGGAGUGAUGGACUGCCAAAAGCUAACUUUAGAGGCAUGCACGCACGCGGCGCAGAAUGAGCGGCUUCCGCUGCGGACGGUGGUUCAAGUUUUGUUUUUCGAGCAGUUACAACUCCGCCAUGCGAUCGCCGGAACAUUGAUUGCGGCAGAUGCAGCGCAACAGGAUUCCGCUAGGCCGUCAUUGCUGAGACGGGAACAGGAAGGCGUUGAAGAGGGAGCAGUCUCGGCUGGUGCAACGGCGGCAAUAGAGGAGGCACAGGACAGCAGCAAUACGUGGAGGGCAGCAGUGAGAGAGAAUCAGGUGCUGCGACUAGACAUGGAUAGCAUGAGAACGCGGGUGCAUCAGCUGGAAAGAGAAUGUUCCACAAUGAAGAAAGUGAUUGAAAAAAUUGAUAAAGUGAACCCACGUGGGUGGAAGCGGUUCGGGUGCAAGUUCAAGACUCAAGUGUGUGAUUCUCAUGAACAAACGGUGGUAAAUGCUAGGAAAGGAAGGCACCAUCAUCACCAACAAUAGGCCUUCCCUUACGUGAACAGAGAACACGACAUGUCGUUAAUUGUUAUAUUGUCUCGUUUGAGUUGACCCAUUUUCAUUGUGUAGACGAUUAUCCAGAUUUGUUACGCCUGCCUGGUAAGCACCACAUGUAAUUUACUGCCACGUAAGCAUUCUGGAAAAAUAAAAAUAAAAGGUGAAAUUAUUAUUUGCU